AUGUCUGACGCGAAGCCUGUCGAGACCCCGGUCGCCGAGCCGGUCGCCGCUGAGGCUCCCAUCGACACUCCCGCCGCCGUCGAGGCUGCCCCCGCCGAGGAGGCAAAGACGGAGGAGGCUCCUGCCACCACCGAGGCGCCCGCCGCUGAGGCCGCUGCUGAGGCCGCUGAGCCCGCCGCCGCCACCACCGAGGAGACCACCGCCCUCCCCAAGGAGGAGAAGACCGCCGAGGGCGAGGUCAAGAUCACCGCUGAGCCCGUCUACUCUGGCGCCCUCGGCUACAAGGCCCCUGGUCUGAUCAAGGGCCUUACUUUCUCCAAGAAGUACUUCUGGUUCGGCGAGGAGGAGGCCGUCCCCAAGGACAGCCUGAACGGCUUCCUCCGCGGCGAGAAGGGCGAGCACGGCCACUCUGCCGUCGCCUGGGCCAGCAAGACGGGCAAGGGCCUGCUUUUCUUCGCCAAGCACGCUGACCAGAAGGCCACCCCUGAGGGUGUCCUGAAGCUGGCCGACGCCACUGAGGUCGCCAAGGAGGGCAACAAGGUUUUCUCCUUCAAGCUCCACGGCCACAAGCACUCUUUCGAGGCCACCAACGCCACCGAGCGCGACGGCUGGGUUGUCGCCCUUGAGAAGACCGUUGAGGAGGCCAAGGAGGCCACCGAGGCCGUCACCGCCAGCGAGGAGUACAAGGAGACCUUCGAGAAGCUCGGCAAGCCCGCCGCUCCCGCUGCCGCCGCUAAGGCUGAGGAGACCGCCCCCAAGAAGAGCACCGAGGUUAAGCCUGAGGGCGAGGAGCGCCGCGGCUCUUCCUCCUCCAGCUCCGGCGAGGAUGCUGAUGGCAAGAAGAAGAAGAGCAAGAAGACCAAGUCCCGCUCUCAGUCCCGCAAGAGGGCCUCCGUUUUCGGCGGUCUUCUCGGCAAGAAGGAGCACGAGAAGAAGGAGGUGAAGAAGGAGGAGACCAAGGAGGAGGAGGCCAAGAAGGAGGGCGAGGAGGCUGAGGAGCCCAAGGCUGAGGCUGCUACUGAGGCCCCUGCUGCUGAGGCUGCCGCUGAGGCUGCCGCUCCCGCUGAGGAGGCUAAGCCCGCCGAGGGUGAGGCCAAGCCUGAAGAGGCCAAGGUCGAGGAGGCCAAGCCCACGCCCAAGGCCAACAAGCGCACUUCCAUCUUCGGUGGUUUCUUCGAGAAGGUUCGCAGCCCUACCGUUGAGAAGAAGGAGUCUGAGGCCGCUCCCGUCGUUCCCCCCAAGGACGGCGAGGCCGCCCCCGCUGCCAACGAGGAGGCCGUCAAGGCUCUCGAGGGCGAGGAGGCCAAGCCCGCUGAGGAGGCUCCCAAGACCGCUGAUGGCGAGGCUCCCGCUGCUGCCACCGCCACCACUCCCGCUAAGGAGAAGGGCGGUUUCUUCAGCAAGUUCGCCAAGGCCAAGUCUCCGGCCACCACCCCCGCCGCCACCGAGGCUCCCAAGGAGGAGGCCAAGCCCGUCGAGGGUGAGGCCGCUCCCGCCGCUGAGGGCGAGGCUGCUGGCACCUCGGCCACUGCCGCCGCCGCUCCCGCUGCCCCCGAGUUGAGCAAGGAGAAGCGCCGCACCUCUUUCUUCGGCAACUUCGGUGCCAAGAACAACGCCACUGAGGGCGAGACUGAGGGCGAGAAGAAGCGUGGUCUCGGCGGUCUGUUCCGCAACCCCAGCAAGGCUGCCAAGGACAAGAAGGAGAAGAAGGAGCCCACGACCCCCGCCAAGGUCGAGGAGGAGGCUGAGAACAAGGCCGAGGAGACGCCCGCCACCGAGGAGGCCAAGCCGGAGGGCGAGGAGGAGAAGAAGGAGGACGAGGAGAACAAGGCCGCCAUUGGCGAUGUCGUCCCUGACGCGGUUGCCGUUGGCCAGUCCUCGACUCCCGCUGUCCAGGCCACUGCGUAA